AUGCCCGGCGUGCCAAGGGCCACAGAGUUUUCAACCUUAGAUUUAGAUGGAGCCUUGACGGUGCUUCCUUUCCAGACAAAAGUACAGAUACCAAAAGGCCUGAGGAAUCGUGACUUCCAGGCCGUCGUGAUGGUGUCCGCCCUCAACUUGGCCCGGAUAACUGGGCGAACGCUUCUCAUUCACUGGAACACCAACGUGGUCUCGCGGCGCGCCUGGGAACUCCUGGACCUUCCUGGUGUCAAACUACUUGGCGAGGCUCCAGCCGACCUCCGGAGCGCAGACGUCAGGGGCCUUUACCUUUUCCAUAUGAUGGACAGCGGUAUGCUGGCCAGCGUGCUGGAGCUGUUAGGCUGCUCCGACCUGUCGACGUCUUUGAGCCAGCCGAGGAUACUCACCUUGUCCUCCAACAUGUACUUCACGCCAAUUCUCCAAACCAACCCGCACAUGAAAUCCGGCUACGACAUUGUUCCCUUCUGGCAGGGGCUUCAGCUCAUGAUGGCACCCAGCUCAAAAGCGCAAAAGCGGGCUUUGAGCUAUGCCAACAAGACCUCUUGGGGGCAAACAGCUCCGGUCGUCGCCGUCCACAUCCGCAGUCGGGAAGCCGGCGAGGACAACGACGACUGGCCAACGGAGGAGACGCCUCCGCAGGACUUGCUAGCAAGUCUGACGAAGUGCAUCGAGCAGGCGGUGCAGCUGGAGUUCGGAGAUGUGAAGGGCUGGGAUGUAUACCUGGCCGCGACAACAGAGAAGGCACGAAAAGUGGCAGCUGACCAUUUGAAGCAGAGCGCCACCAACCUCAGAAGGGUGCUCUCUCUCCCGAAGAUCGAGCGCAACCGCCGCACCGGUGCUGGAGCCGUGGACGCCAUGGCUGAGGCGCUGCUCAUAUCUCGUGCUGAUAUUUUCAUCAGGUUCGUGGUGGGUACCACGGGCUUCAGCACCUUUGCCUACAUGGCCAAUGCACUGCGGUUCCAGAGCGACUGGGCUGCAGCGUUGCCGCCCCUGCGUCGUCAGGGCUACGCGCCAAACUACGUGGUGACUGCAGAGUGCGGUCCGGACCACCGUUGCUUCGAAGCUCCGCCGGAGGUUCGAAUGGCCGAUGUCUCCUGGCACGGAAAGUACGUCACCGGAAGAUCGUGUGGGGACGUGGUCGCGAGAUUGCAGCAGAAACUCGGUUGCGCAGCAUUGAAACCCCCGCGGUCCAGCGACGAAGAGGAGGAGCUCUAA